AUGCACAAUAUACUUCUUAUCGUUGUCUUAAUAACAGUGGUGACAGGAAAACCAUGUUACAUACUUGAAAAUAUGUCAUGUGAAUGCCAUUCAUCAAUAAAUAAUGAAAGUGAACAAUUAAAUUGUGUGAAUUAUUAUGUUCCAAUAAAUAAUACAAUUCAAUUAACAAAUUCAACAUUAGAACAUCCACGUUCAUUUGAUUCAUUUCAUUUGACAUUUCAUACACAAGAAUUUAAUGUCAGUGCAACAUUUAUUAAUCAAUUAUCUUAUUUAUUUCCUCGUUUAUCAUCAUCGGCGUCGUCGUCAUCGAGACGAGGAAUGCAACAAAAAUCAAUUAAAAUUAUUUUAACAUUUCAAGAUUAUUAUAAAUUACACUUCGAGGACUAUUCUUUUUAUCAAUUAUUUGGUGAAAAACCAGAAUAUACAACUAGUCUCUCAUUGGAAUUGACAUCUAAUGGACAUAUUUCGUUUUCACCUAUGGCAUUGAACUUUUUAACUGUCGAUCGAAUGUCUUUGCAUAGUUCAUCGUUGGAACCAUAUUCAUUUGAAGAAAUUUUUAAUAAUACCAAAAUUGGCAGUUUAUCUAUUGAAGGUUGUACGCCUCGAAUUAAUACGACACUGGGCCAAUAUUUUAAUGGUAAAAUUCGUUCUGCUAAAUUUACAAAAAUGGCUGAACUUGUUUCAAGUGAAGAGUUUCCUAAAUAUCCUGUUAGUUCAAUGAUUAUUGAAGCACAUGAACCAAGAAAAAUAAAUGCAUCAACAUUUAUUCAUUAUUAUAAUUUAAAUGGUAUUCAUUUAAUUCGACCCAAAUUCUUUUUCGAUAAUCAAUCAUUUGAUGGCUUUCAAUAUUUACAAAAUCUUGAAACAAUUGAACUUGAUGCGGAAACUAUUAAAGAUCAUACAUUUAAACAUGCAAAUCGUAUUCGUUUUCUUACACUUGGACAAAAUGUUCGCUAUCUGUCGGAACGUUCACUUGACCAUUUAGAUCAUUUAACACGCUUUGAUUUAUCAAAAUUGAGUCUUGAUCAAUUGUAUCCAACAUCAAAAUGCAUUUUAGCACGUUAUUUAAAAAAGCAACAACAACUAAAUCCAUCAAUGAUUAUUAUUCCACCACAAGCAGAGUUUUGUGAUUGUGUUUUUGAUUUUAUAUUAAAUAUUUUAAAGAAAAAAUCUGAACAAUCAUACAUCGAUUUAUGUCAAAAUACCCAACAAGAACGUUGCCAAUUAAGUGAAUGUGAUAUUGUUAAAAAUCUUCAUUUUCCAUCACAAGAAAAUAAAAUAAAUCAACACAUGAUUAUUCCAUCGAUUGAUGAAAGUAUUAUUGAUCCAUCAAUACCAUUUUAUUCGCCAGCUGAUUCAGUUAAAACAACAACAACAACAACAACAGCUCAGUCUCAAUUGGUUCAUAUUCCUCGACAUCCACCUGUUUAUCAUAAUUCUCAAUCAGAAGAUAAUAAUUAUGAUCCAAAUGAUUCAUCUUUUGCAGAUACACAGGGUAUACAUGCAUCUUCUUCAUUCAAAGCCAAUAAACCAAUUGAUCCAAACGCGAUACCUACCGAUGAUCACGAUGAAAAUUUCAAUUCACCAUCAACAAUUCAUAAAUCUCAAGCUUUAUCUGAUAUUAACAAUGAAUUUUAUCAAAUAGUCAAGAAAAACAAAACACUGAAAUGGAUAUCACUAUCAUUAGUUGGUGUUACUGUCUUUAGUAUUAUUCUUGUUGCUGUAAUAAUAUGGCUCUUCACUUAUCAUUCAUCUACAAUGAAUACGAAAGGUCAAUUUCAACGUGUUCCACCAAAUAGUUCAAAUGUUUAA